UGCAUAUAUAAUUUAGCCCAGUCAAUGCGAGUGUGUAAGGAUGCAUGCCCAGCCGCGUUGGCCAGAGAGAUGCGAGAAUGUUUCUUUAAGACCCAACACCUUUUCAUCCGAAAGAGGGAGGCAGAGAGAGAGAGAGAAAGAAAGAGAGAGAGACGAGGGUUGUCUAUGGUGAUGUGUAACGUUGCUCUCGCUCAGUGCCGUCGUUUACAUGUGUGAGGGAGAGGGGAAGGGGGAGGCUGAGAACCGGGAUUCAGCGGCUGUACCAGCACCGAAAAGCCAGGCACUCCGCCGAUGGGGUCAGCGGGGAUAUGAUGUCGUGUUCUUUCAUUCGACGAUGACAAGGCUCUGUCACAAAACCUUUGGAGGCUCAAUCUGAGAUGGUCCAAGGGCCCUGUUAAUGCCACACCCUCCCUUGUGCCCCUCCCCCUUUCAAACCCCUUUGACACACCCUUCUCCCUUUUGCCCCGCCCAGCUGUUCCUACCACACAACCUUUAGCCUCCCUCCUCACCAUCCACAGCCCCUGAGGACUACCCCUCAAAACCUCUUGUUUUUCUUUUUGCCUAUUCCCCCCCCCCACCCCCCCAAACGGUGAUUGUUCCCAGGAGAGCCAAUCAAGUCGAAGCAGUGCACGCCAAAUUCCUACCAGGUCAUUGCAAGGCAUUUUUUGGCACUUAGAAAAAAGGUACUCUCCAGGCUCCAGGUACAAAUAAAGAGAAGCACUGACGAAUGCAGGUGGAUGUGCUUUGUGCUCAAACAGAAGAAAGAAAAAUAUAAUAAGCCGCAGAGCCAGAGAACCCCGCAGUCUGCAUUUGCAGGUUCUCUAUAAAGGAACAGCACAGUAACUCAAGAUCUGCUUUCUCCCAGGACUCCGACAAGGGAGGCCGACUUGGACAAUAAAGACACAAAGAGUCAUCAGGCGGCGUGUUCUUCCGAGAAGGCUCACCCACGCAAACCGGCCCAACCCACACACAUAAAAAUACACACUUUAGCAAGCACAGACGCAGCCGUACGCACACACACACACACACACACACACGCACAUAAAGAGUCUGGUAAGCCUUCUAACCAGUGCAGUCACGCUUCCCUCCCCCACCCCAGACACACAAACACCAUUCACACACACACACACACACACACACACACACGAGAGCUCCCACACACAUACCCACGCUUGCUCUCAGUCUUUCUCACCCGCGGUAGCACACUCUCCACAGCCUCAAAAUGAUGUGCGAGGUGAUGCCCACCAUCUCUGAGGAUGGGCGGGCAGGAGGUGGCGGCCCGUCCUCGCCCGCCGGAGGAGGCGGUGGGAUGGGUGGCGGUAUGGGUGGCAUGGGGGGCGGCGGCUACGGAGGCCGGGAUGGGCGAAGCGACGAGGGGGGCAGUACGGGCAACCUGGAGUCCCUGAUGGUGAACAUGCUGGCGGAGCGCGAGAGGCUCCUGGAGAACCUGAGGGAGACCCAGGACAGCCUGGGCACUGCCCAACUGAGGCUACGCGAGCUGGGCCACGAGAAGGACUCGCUGCAGCGCCAGCUCUCCAUCGCUUUGCCACAGGAGUUUGCGGUGCUGACCAAAGAGCUGAACGGGUGUCGUGAGCAACUUCUGGAGAGAGAAGAGGAGAUAGCAGAGCUCAAGGCUGAGAGGAACAACACACGGCUUCUGCUGGAGCAUCUGGAGUGUUUGGUGUCCCGUCACGAGCGCUCUCUGAGGAUGACUGUGGUGAAGAGGCAGGCGCAGUCUCCGGCUGGGGUGUCCAGCGAGGUGGAGGUGCUCAAGGCCCUCAAGUCUCUGUUCGAGCACCACAAAGCCCUGGACGAGAAGGUACGAGAGAGGCUACGCGUGGCUCUGGAACGAGUGUCUGCGCUGGAGGAGGAACUUGAGUCUUCCACACAAGAGGUGCAUUCUCUAAGAGAACAGAUUAAAAGGCGACAGCACGGCAUGGAGAACGGGAAGGAGCGGCUGCCAAAUGGACCCUCUAUUUUGGACGACGUAGAGAUCGACAGACAGAGGGAGGGAGAGAUAGAACGGCAGAGGGCAGAGCUGGCCCAGCUGAAAGAGAGACUGGCACUCAUGUGCAGACAGGUAGGGGAGGUGGAGGAGCAGCUGGCUGCCGCCAGACGGGAGGUAACCAAGUCUGAAGAGGCCAAUCAGAAGCUCCAGAGGGACGUGAAAGAGGCCCUUUGCCAGAGAGAGGACAUGGAGGAAAGGAUCACUACCUUAGAACGCAGGUACCUCAGUGCCCAGAGGGAGGCGACGUCCCUCCAUGACAUCAAAGACAAGCUGGAGAACGAGCUGGCCAGCAAAGAGUCUCUCUACAGACAGAGCGAGGAGAAGAACAGGCAGCUGCAGGAGCGGCUGGACGAUGCCAAGCAGAAGCUGCAGCAGACCCUGCAACGCGCCGAGACCCUGCCGGAGAUCGAGGCCCAGCUCGCUCAGAGAGUGGCAGCGCUCAACAAGGCGGAGGAGCGCCAUGGCAACUUUGAGGAGCGCCUGCGACAGUUGGAGGCACAACUGGAGGAGAAGAAUCAGGAGUUACAGAGAGCGAGACAGAGGGAGAAGAUGAACGAUGAACACAACAAGCGUCUCUCGGACACCGUGGACAAGCUGCUGUCCGAGUCCAACGAGAGACUCCAGCUUCACCUGAAGGAGAGGAUGGCCGCUCUGGAGGAAAAGAAUGCUCUGUCUGAGGAGCUGGCCAACAUGAAGAAGAUCCAAGAUGAUCUCCUCGCAAACAAGGACCAGCUUAUUGCAGAGUUGGAGAGACUUCAACUGGAACUAGACCAGUUGCGAGGAAGGCCUGGCUCCUCCUACUCCCGGUCUCUUCCUGGUAGCGCUCUGGAGCUGAGGUAUUCCCAAGGGGGCGGCUCCCUUCCAGCUGGCUCCACUGCCCACUUGGAUCACUAUGGCAACACUGGCACAGGGAGCGUGGUCAGGCGGACCCAUCGUGGCCGAUGGGGUCCUGCACGGGAAGAGAGCAACAAGUAUGGAGAGUGGGACGGCGGGACUCUGCUGAGCACCGGCUUCGAGGUUGGCGUGGAGGGCGGCUGCUCGGACGACGACGACGAUCGCGAUACGCUCUUCGGGUCGGAGCUGCUCUCGCCCAGCGGCCAGACGGACGUGCAGACCCUGGCCAUCAUGCUCCAGGAGCAGCUGGAGGCCAUCAACAAGGAGAUCAAGUUGAUCCAGGAGGAGAAGGAGAGCACGGAGCUGCGGGCGGAGGAGAUCGAGAGCCGCGUGAGCAGCGUGGCUCUGGAUGGGCACCCGGUUCCUCCCUCCUCCCUCGGCAGGGACAGCAGCGGGCGAGGCUUCAUCCCUCCGUCCCUCACCUCCUCCACCCUGGCCUCCCCCUCUCCCCCCAGCUCCGGCCACUCCACCCCGCGCCUGCCACACUCUCCUGCCCGCGAGACCUCCUCAGAGAGACAGAACAAAGAGGAUGACCGGUCCCUGGCCCUGCUGGACUCCACCCCUCCUCCCACCCCGCGUGCCCUGCGACUGGACCGGAUGACCCACACCCACCCGGGCGCCCUGCUGGACGACAACCGCGAGUUCCGCAGUCUCUCAGCCGAUGGCUCCAGCUCUAACAGCAGUCAGGACUCGCUCCACAAAUCCAGCAAAAAGAAGAGCAUCAAGUCUUCCAUUGGCCGCCUCUUCGGGAAGAAGGAGAAGGGGAGGAUGGGCCAGCCGGGGCGGGAGUCUACCUCUCUGGCGUCCACACCCUCAGAUGACCUGGGCACAGUGGAUCCUCUGGGGCUGGCCAAGAUGACGGGGACCGUGGAGAAAGGCCGUCGCAGCAAGAAGAAGCAUGAGUUGCUGGAGGAAGCUUGUCGUCAGGGCCUUCCCUUUGCGUCCUGGGACGGCCCCACUGUAGUCUCCUGGCUCGAGUUGUGGGUGGGCAUGCCGGCGUGGUAUGUGGCGGCGUGCCGUGCCAACGUGAAGAGCGGGGCCAUCAUGGCCAACCUGUCGGACACAGAGAUCCAGCGGGAGAUUGGCAUCAGCAACCCCCUUCACCGCCUCAAACUGCGGCUCGCCAUCCAGGAGAUGGUGUCCCUAACCAGCCCCUCGGCCCCUGCCAGCACGCGCUCCUCAACCAGUAACGUGUGGAUGACUCACGCAGAGAUGGAGUCUCUGAAUGCCGCGACCAAACCAGAGCUGAAAGAGAUCAGCUGGGAUCAGAUCUUGGCCUAUGGAGACAUGAACCACGAGUGGGUGGGCAACGACUGGUUGCCUAGCCUGGGCCUGCCUCAGUACCGCAGCUACUUCAUGGAGUCUCUGGUGGACGCGCGCAUGCUGGAUCACCUCACCAAGAAAGAGCUGAGGGGCCAGCUCAAGAUGGUGGACAGUUUUCAUAGGGUCAGCCUGCACUACGGCAUCAUGUGCCUGAAGCGCUUGAACUACGACCGCAAAGAGCUGGAGAGGAGGAGAGACGAAAGUCAGCACCAGAACAAAGAUGUCAUGGUGUGGUCCAAUGAGCGCGUGAUGUGCUGGGUGCAGAUCAUCGGUCUGAAGGAGUACGCCGACAACCUGACGGAGAGCGGCGUGCACGGAGCCCUCCUGGCCCUGGACGACACCUUCGACUACACCGACCUGGCUCUGCUACUCCAGAUACCCAAUCAGAACAUCCAGGCACGACAACUCCUGGAGAAGGAAUAUAACUCACUCAUCGCCAUGGGAACCGAGAGGAGACCAGAUGAGGAUGGCACAAAGACGUUCACACGCUCGCCCUCGUGGAGGAAGAUGUUUCGGGAGAAGGACCUGCGUGGCGUGACCUCAGACUCCUCGGAGACGCUGCCCGCCAACUUCCGUGCCUCGGCCAUCUCCACACCCUCAGUCACACUGAGGAAGGUCCAGAGCGAGGUUAACUCUGGACCCAGAGGGGAGUCUGGCUCAGUGAGGACAUACUCUUGCUGAGAGGCAGGAAGGUGUCGCCGUUGCCAUGGUCACCACAGGAGUCUGCUUACAUUCAUUCAUGGAAGUCACAAAAAAAAUAUCAACAAAAAGCAGAGAAGCUAUGAGUCUAUUUAUAAAUAUAAAAUCUAUCGGUCUGACCAUUCUGCAAUAACAGGACCAGAGCAGGACGAGAGAGAGAGUUGGAGCGAUGGGGAAGAUGUGAAAAAAAAACAUCAGAGAAAAUAAAGGAUACAGAAGACAUGAAGAAUGUAUGAAAAAAUAUAUACAUGGAAAGAACAAGAGACAGAGAGUGCGACUGGACUUGGAAUGGUAGGAAGGAAGGGGGCAAAAAAAAAACGACUGUUUUAUCUUUCUCUCUGUUGUCCUUUUGUCACAAUCUGUGUUUGUGCUGAGGAUGACCUCGAGUGGCGUCCAUUGUGACUCAAUCUUUUUUUUUUUCUCUUCUCUCUCUUCUUUUUCGUUUCUAUGGUGCUGCCAUAUUUCUGUUGGUUUACGAUUCUCAAUUUUAAACUCCAUCUGAGUACUGCAAUAAGAGUGUGUCCCCACCCCACCCCACCCCACCUCACCCCACCCCACCCCACCUCACCUAUACUGGCGCCCAUUGUGGCUCGAGCUUGAGAUGGCAGAGCGCAGGUUGGCGGAAAGCGGUUGACUACUCUCCUCGUUCGUCCCCACCGCAGAUAGGCGAGGGAGAGCAAAGCAUGCUCCGUGGACACUCUGGUGCCGUUUGUGGGGGUCGAGUUUGGACUCCGUUAGAGGGAGAAUCCGCUGAAAGAGAACAGCAACCUGGCCUUUGACAGUUGCAAGGGUGGGGAGGGGGAGAAAGAUAGGCCGGAGCGCUUCUUCUCUGAUGUGUUUUAUUUAUCCUCCUCGAUGACUAACUCAACAUAUGUAACAGUAUGAGCAAUCUGAUUAUGCAUAGCAAGGGAGAACAGGUUGGGUUGUGAUGGUUCUCCAGCGCAUAGCCCUGGCCAAUGAUUCAGAUGCUGGAAAAAACAGUGCGGUUAAAUCUUUGGGGAUUUCAGUUGAUAACUAUAACAAACUGGUGUAUGCAGCUAAGAUUGAGGUUUCUGUUUUUUGAAAAAAAAAAAAAUGUGUUCAGUAAGCAUGUCGAGUGAGCUUGGCGGCCAUAUUGGAAGGGUCUGGUCACAUGGCUGGGCAGGGAGAUCCAUUUGUUUACAGCGGGAUGAAAAAUUGGAAUGUCGUGCGGACAGGAAGAGAGAGAAGGACUGAGGGAGAGAUAAAACAGACCGUGUGAUCUGAAAAAAAAGAGAGAGAGCAGAGAUGUCCUAAUUCACAGAGUAACUUAACCCACGCAAGCCAUAACAGAAAACAGGUGGCCAACAGGGAACAGAGAGACAGAACCGACUCGGGUGAAGGACAAUGUUUAGCUUCUGUGUUGAGAUGCAUGUCAAACAACCAAGAUGACAAUGGAAUUAACAUUUUGGUGGAGAAGACAAUGUGAAUUUAAAAUACAAACAAAAACAUAUAUGUAUAAAUUAAGAUACAAGGAUGAGCUUGGGGAACAAUUUGUAAAAUGUGUGUAUUUUCAUUUUAAUUUUUUAAUUUUUAUGAUAACUAUAUUUAUUUUCUUUAUGUAUGUAUUGAAUAACUGUAUGUACAUGUUCAUUUAAUACUUAAUUCUGACUGUAAUUUAAUUUGAUCUAGUUUAAAAAGUAAAUAUGAAAUAUAAAAAAAAACAUGGUCAUUAAAAAUAUGCUACUUGUAUGUGUAAAUUUCAAGAAACCAAUUGUGUUAUGAUUUAAAGGAAAUAUUAAUACUGAUCAGGAUGACAGUGAUUCAAAUUGAAAAAUGAUGUCUGCAAAAUAAACAUUGAUGAUGACGAUAAUGAGUUGACGAUUCAAAAAAAAUAAAGUGCUUCAAGUUCUACUGCA